AUGGAUAUUAUAUCUAAAGAAAAUGGAGGCUCAACGUUCUUAUCUAUUCUAUAUGAUAAGAACAGCACGAUAAGCAAACUUAGACAACAACUAGAAAAUCAAAAGCUCCAGAUUUUAUAUUACAUGAAACGCGAACUUAAUUACAGAAAAAUUAUUGAGCUCUCAAGAACUUGCAGAACAGAGAAUACUGAAGAUCUACCAGUGGUAUUGGAUUUUGCUCAAUUUACAAAACAAAAUGGAAUGAAAAGCAUUAUACUGCGUUUGUACGAGCACAUGAAACAUAUAGACGGCAAAUUAUAUAAAUAUUUGAAUACCCAAGAAUUCAUUGUGAGGAAAAUAUCUGAAAAAUUAUACGAAGUACUGGAGAAACCCUACGAACAAAGAAUAUUACUUCAACAAACGAUCAAUCCAGCUGUUUAUCUAGAUUUAUUCAUUGCUCUUCUAGAAGCGACUGUGGGUCUUCGACAAAAAUUGAAUUCUUUUAGAAUUUGCUGUAAUCGAUUGAUUCUAAUAGAAGACGAAAGAAACCAUAUCGUAGAACAAGUAUUAAGUCUUCCACCUCAAGAAAGGAUCAACUGUAAUAUUUUAAUAUGUAUGAAACAAGAAAUACUGGAGCUAAAAUAUAGAAUGAGAGAAUGCAAGGAACAUGAAGUAAAACAACAGAAAGAUUUGAGAAAACUAAAUAACCUGAAACAUGAUCUCAAUAAUCUAAAGAAUGGAAUGAAAUCAUCUAUUGAAGGAAUGGGAGACCUAUCAAUCGUUGAAAAUAUGGUGGCAGGUCUAAAAUUUGAAACUAAAAAAAUAUUAGAAGCAAAUAGAAGAGAACAGAAGAAGCAGAAGCUCAGACAAAUUCAGAUAAUAGCAAAUUUAAUAAAAUUAGCGGCAUCAGGUGGAAACUUACAGACAAAUGAUGAAGAUGAACUACUUAUGUUUGAUGCUAUAAAGAAGGAAGUUCAUAAUCUACAAACUAAAUUUUCAACUGAGCUCCAAAUAAUAAAAACCGAACACGAAUGCACGAAAUGUAAGCUUAAAACAGUAUUACAAGAAAGAAACGAAUUGAAAGUUAUCCAACAUAAGCUUCAAGAUCGUUUAAAGAAGAUCCAAAAGAAAUAUGAUACGGAAGUCAUCUCUUUAAAGAAAGAAAGGAAUGAGUACAAAUCUCAAGUGGAAGAGCUGACAAUAUUCCAAGAAGCUUAUCACCAAGGAAAUAAUACUUUAAAACAUUUGGAAAAAGAGCUAUGUUCAAUGAAAGAACUCAUCAACCAAGAUUUUCUUGAUUCUUUGAAUGAUAAGAAACAGAAACUUUCAAAAGAAAUGGAUGAAUUACAAGAAAGUAAAAGUUCUAAAGAAAAAUCGGAUCAGAAAAUGGUUCGGCAGCUUCCAUCAUCUUCAUCUUCAUCUAAAGUAAUGGAAAUAAUCAAAAAGAUAAAACAGAAUAUUCUAAACGAUAACAAAUUCAACAAGAAAAGAGACUUGUCUAGUUUUUCAUUUGAAAGUAAACUGAAAAAAGAUAAAAACAAGGUAGAAAGUUGUUCUCGUAGUGAAUUUAAGCUACUGUGCGACUGUUCUCACGAAACUAUUCCCAUUUAUUGCAAAUCUAUCCACACCACAAAAGAUAGUGCAACAUCUGGACCAUACAAAAAUCUAGAAGUUUUGGCACUUAAUAAAAUAUUGCAUUCGUCUUCUGAUGAUUCUAGUUUCCCAGACGCUUAA